AUGUCCAAUGUCGAUUUAUCCAGCGACGGCCUCAUCGUCGACUACGACUCCAGAGGCUAUCUCCAGCAGCCCUGGCCCGUCCCCGUUGACCAGAACCCCCCACGGUCAGACGACGCCCACGAUCUCUCGCCCCUUCAAACCAGCGGUCACCCCCUGGAACAGUCGGUGGCCCAGGACCCGAGCCUCAUGGUCGACUGGCAAUUCCAACAGCUUCAGACCCCUCACCACCACCAACAAUUACCAUAUUCGCCCGAGGACCCGUCGUCAGCGCCCCAGUUCACCACCGCCAGCUAUGGCAUGGCCAUUCAGUCCUCCCCGGUGGAUCUCAUGGCCGGGCCCCAGGGCCAGAUGAGUGGUGGUCUGCUCGAUGGAUCCUAUCACCUACCCCUCUCCGCCCCGGUCGACACCAGUAGCAUGGUGCCAUUCACCUACCAUGAUUUCCAUACCGAUUUGAUGGGAUUCCCCAGCGGGCUGCCGGAUGUCUCAUCCUACGCCCCGCACCCGGUUCUGGAGAGCAGCUCGCCUACCGAUACCUACCUGGAGGUUCGUUCCCUGUCCAGCAGCGAUAAUGGCUGGAGCACCGUCGACCACCGCCGCUCCCUCGACUUCAGUUUCCCCGAGCAGGGCAUUUUCGUCAACCCCACCCAGACAUUGCACGACCGCAGUCUCUCCGAAUCAUCCUACUCAACGUCUUAUGGUAGCUUCGUCGAUAUUGCCAACCCCAUCAACUCUCCCAGCUCGGAAACCAACAUGGACUUGCCGUACAACCACCCCAAUGCCGCCGUCAGCCUGGCCGGUACCUCACCAACCAGCAGCUCGAUCGUCCGCCUCGAGCGGUCAUCCCCGGGUUCGCGCUCCCCGUCAGCCGUCAGCCCCAGCACCGCCAUGGUCCGUCCGAUUCCUGUCCCCAUCAAGAAGUCCACCUCUCCCAGUCGCUCUUCUGGCUCUCAUUCGUCGGCCUCGCCGCCCAGUCGGAAACCCUCGAGGAAGAGCCCUAUUGCGGCCAAAACGGCCGAGACCAAGGUCCGCAAGCAAUCGCAGACCGGCAAGCCCGAGACCGAGAAGCGGGUGGGCAAGCGGAAGGGUCCUCUCAAGCCGGACCAGCGCAAGCAAGCCAGCGAGAUCCGGAAGCUGCGGGCGUGCCUGCGGUGCAAGUUCCUUAAAAAGACGUGUGAUAAAGGCGAGCCGUGUGCCGGCUGCCAGCCGUCGCACGCUCGUCUGUGGCAGGUGCCGUGCACCCGCAUCGACAUUAAGGAAAUCGGGUAUUUCAUGAAGGACUGGCGGGCAGACUACGAGCGACACAUCUCCAUGGGUUUCUCAGUCGGCAACAUCAAGGGGUUUUCGGACCAGGAGCGCACUCUGUUCAUUACCCACGGCUACGGCCAAAUCCUCCCCAUCACCGCUCGCGAGGUCUACGUCCGUGACGAGCAGUGCUUUACCAUCGACUGGGUCGAGACAUUGCACCGCGAGCCGACACAAUACGAAGUCGAGACCGCCAAACUCUCCGCUGGCAUGGAGGGCAUCUCGCACGCUAUGCUGUCUGACUAUCUGGACCGACAUAUCGACGGCAACGGCACCUUUGAAAAGUUCGUGGACGAUUACUUCGAAGGCACCCCGUUCCUCACCCAGAUGCUCAAGACCGCCUUCCGCUACUACUACCGGACGAAGCUGCCCGUCAUCCGCAAGGCCCUCAAGCUGAUCAUCGCCUACAACCUGACUCUCCACGUCACCAUGGUUGAAGGACUGGGCGAUGAAGACGGAUUUAUGGGCAAGAUCCAGGAGCCGGGCUCCAAGUUCCGUGGUAAGAUCAUGGCUCCUGUCAUGAUCAACUUCCAGAUCAAGUGCGCCAUGGCGGGCAUGUGGCGAGAGCUUCAGAAGGAUGUCCUGGAGGAGCUUUCGGCGUUGUACUCGAGUGUGUACAGCGGAGACAAGCUGAAGAACUGGCCGACCAUUUUCAUUCUCGCCUCUAUCUUGCUGGCGGUCUGGGAAGAGAUGCAGUUUGACAGCCACUACCGUACUCCGGAUCAGUCGGCCGUCGACAAGUUCUGCACCGAUAUGGAGACCACUCCCGUUGGUGUCAUUGUCGGUCUGUUCCAGGCUAUCUCCCAGAAGCUGCCCCCGUUCACCGAGUGGGACUCGCAGAAGCACCAUCACCUGCUGUACUCCAACCCGGAUGUGUGCAACACUAUGACCGAGGUCCGCCAACAUGUCGAGCAACACGAAAGCUACCUCCGUGGCCGUACCGGCUCCAAAUUCAACCGCGACGAUUUCGAUUGCCUCUCCAACAAAUUUGUUUCCCGUCUUGUUAUUCGCGCCAACUAG